AUGUCCGGCAGCAUUUCCACCGACGAUGUGCGCCGCUACCAGGAACCCUACAGCGGCCACCGACCUGUUCCGACAAUCACAAAAUACCGCGAGGAGCUGGCACUGCGGCAGCAAGAAGCCAUGCAGCACGACGAGGUAGCAGCCCCUGCCGUCAUCGUCACUGAUGAGGACCUCGCCGAGCUGCGCCCCAGCCGCUCGAUGCUGUCUCCGGGCCCGCGUCCUUCGUCGUCUCUGGGAAUACGGCGCGCGCUCAGUGUCAGGGGUAGGAGCCGAUCCCGAAGCCGCAGCCGCGGCCCGGAUGAGGAGGAUGACAGACCCCAGAAUCUGCCCAUGAUCGACACGUCCCAAACGGACCCGGCCCUGACCGAUCCCCGCCAGCGUCGCAAGGAACUCGGCUCCAAGGGCAAAGAGAAGCGCCGGCAACGCGCCGAACGGGAAGUCACCGACCCCGUCACACACCAGACUAUCAUUAUCCGGGAUUUUGACGACGACGCGCUCGAAAACGUGACGUUUAACGAUGCGGCCACGCUUGCCCCCAGAAAGUCGACGUCCUCGUCACGCGACGAGCCGACCGGCACCAAGAAACCCUCUGACCCGGCAGCACUCUAUCGAGAAUUCCCCGUUCCCGAUUUUGGAGGCUUGCGCGACGAGAUUGAGCAAAUUAGCCGUCAGGGCGCCACCGUCGGCGUUUUCGGCGCCGCCAUCAUCCUCAUCGCCGCCUACGAGAUAUACAAGCUGCUUCCCACCUCGACCAAGCAGGGCAACAUCCCCUGGUUUUUGUUCUAUGGCGGCUUCUUCCUCAUGGCCUAUCUUGCCAUUUUUGUACGCGACUUUAGCUCCAGGCAGACGAGACAGCUCUUCGAAGACGAGGUCUGGCAUGCGCACCGCGAAAAGAUGAAGGCCGAGGCCGACGAGAGCACUCAUGAGCGCACCGUCUGGCUCAACUCUGUCCUGCGGACAUUGUGGCCUAUUAUCAACCCCGAUCUCUUCGCCAGCUUUACCGAUAUCCUCGAAGAUGUCAUGCAGGCCUCGAUUCCCAAAAUUGUCCGCAUGGUCAGCAUUGAGGAUAUCGGCCAGGGCAGCGAGCCGCUGCGCAUCCUCGGCAUCCGCUGGCUGCCGAGUGGCGCCACUUCAGAGACGCUGCGCCCCAAAGACGGCACCGGGAAAGACGAAGGCGACAAAACCCGAGCGAAAGACGCGGCGGCCAGUAACCCCUUUGGUCCUCACGUCAUGGAUGAUGAAGAAGGCUCCUUUGUCAACUUGGAAAUCUCAUUUGCGUACCGAACCCGGGCCAGCUCGAGAAUGGCCAAGCAGCGCAACAAUGACCUGCAUCUCUUUGUGGCAUUCUACCUGCCAGGAAACAUCAAGAUCCCGGUAUGGGUGAACCUACACGGUAUGAUUGGUACUGUCCGAGCCCGACUUCAGCUCAUCGCAGACCCACCGUUCAUCUCUCUCUGCACUGUGACGCUUAUGGGCCAGCCCAAGGUGGCCAUGAGCUGUGUGCCUCUGGUGCAGCGGGGCCUGAACAUCAUGGAUGUCCCGCUGAUUAGCAAUUUUGUGCAGGCGGCCGUCGACGCUGCUGUGGCGCAGUACGUUGCGCCCAAGAGCUUGACUAUUGAUUUGCAGAAGAUUCUGGUGGGCGAAGACUUUAAGAAGAACACCUUGGCCAAGGGUGUCUUGAUGGUCACCAUCAAGCGUGGCUACGAUUUCAAAAUGGGCGACGCCGCCAUUCCCUUCUUCAGGGAAGGCGGCUCGGACCCCUACGUAUCUGUCGGCUGGGCCAAGUUUGGCAAGGUUGUUUGGAGCACCCGCAUCAUGUUUAAAGAAAUGUCACCUUGCUGGGACGAGACCUGUUUUGUCCUGGUCACGCCGGAAGAGCUCAACAUUGACGAGCGUCUCCGCGUCCAGCUGUGGGACUCGGACCGAUUCACGGCCGACGAUGACCUGGGCCGCAUCGAAGUCAGUCUAAAGGAAAUCAUGGAAAACCCAGAGUCGAACGGCAAGAUGUCUCAUCGCGCCGACGGCUUCAGAGCGCUCAAGUCGGGAGACAACAUGCCGGGGAAGCUGGAAUGGAGCGUCGGAUACUUUUCCAAGACGAAGAUUCUCGACAGCCAGUUCCAGCUACAGACGCGGGACCCGCGCGUGCGUAACAUGGAACAACUCAAUAAAAAGGUUGAGCGCACCUGCGAACGCAAGCUGCGCGAGGCUAUGCUCAAAGACACCACGCUAGAGCGCCACGAAGAGGAUAUGGAGAAGAAGCGCGUGCUCGAGUUCAAGACGGAGCACGACGAAAUGAUCAUUUCGGCGCCGCCUCCAGAAGAUUAUCCGAGCGGUCUGCUCAGCAUCCAGAUUCACAACCUGACAGGUCUCGAAAUUAAGAAGCUCAGCAAAGAGCACAAGUCCAAGUUUGGAAGUGCCAGCGACGAUGAGGAGGAGACUGGUGAAGGCCUGCCCUCGUCGUACUGCACCAUUGUUAUUAACCAUCGAAAAACCUUCAAGUCUCGUGUCAAGCCUCAGAAUAGCAAGCCGUUCUUUAACGCGGGCUGCGAGCGCUUCAUUAGAGAUUGGCGCGACUGUGAGGUCUACGUGUCCGUCCGCGACGCCCGUUUGCAUGAAGAUGAUCCUCUGCUGGGAAUCGUGCACCUACCUCUGGCUCAAGUAUUCAAGCAACGGUCUCAGGUCAUGGGGUGGUGGCCCAUCUCGGGCGGCAUCGGCAAUGGCCGUAUCCGCAUCUCUCUCGUGUGGCGCAGCGUGUCGCUCCAAGCGCCACGGAACCUGCUCGGCUGGCAGUACGGCACGCUCGAUAUCCGCCACAAGGCUAUUGGCACAGACGUGCCGGAAGAGCUGCGCAGCUGUAAGAUUCGUCUACAAACCAAUAUCAGCACGGGUAAGAUGUAUCCCUCCGCUACAGAAGACGGCCACGCUGUUUGGGCGACCAAGUCGAGCAAGCAUGUUGCUCUGGCGCUGCACCAGCGCUAUAGCAGCUGCUUGUCUCUCACCUUUGUCGAUGGCCGACGUCUCCUGGGCGAGAGCAUUUCCGCGUUUUGCGUGCUCUGGCUCAAGGACGUGCCCGACGAGGAGGAGCAGGAGAUUGAUCUCCCCAUUUGGAAAGGCGACUAUAAACGCGCCACGUCCAACUGCCUGGAGACGUGCGGCGACAAAAUGGGCACCUUGAAGCUCCGGCUGACGCUGUGGGCGGGCAUGGGCAGCGCGCACACGAGCUGGGCCAGCGGCAGCGAGCACUUGCGGCAAGUGGUGGAGGUGAUUGACACGGCGCGCGACAUUCUCCAGACGGACGACUUUGAGAGGAGCGCCGGCAUCGUGGACGCGGACACUGCGGCGGACUCGUCGGAUGACGACGGCCCCGACAAUAACGCGGACAAUGACGACGCAAAGAGCCAGCACCACAACCACCGGCACACGCGCCACGGGAGCCCCGGCGCCGGCCGGGACGCGGAGCUGCCCGACGGCAGCACCGCCGACAAGCAGAGCAUGCUGGACCAGGUGCGCGACUACAAGAAAAAGGCCAAGACGCUGCACCGUCAGCACCGGGGCAUCAUGCAGUGGAAGAUUCCGCGCACGGCCAAGUGGGUAAAGAACAAGCUGGGCCGGGUGGAAGACGGCGUGUCGGGUAUUUUUGAGCAUGAUGUGAAGCAAAGGGCGGAAAUUGAGACGGAAGUCUAA